AUGUUGCGUUUUCUCCGGAGUCAUAUACAUCCUGCCGGGGAUUUCAGGAACGCCGAUAUUCAUGAUUUUUUUGAGUAUACCCCUAGUUUGCGACAUGGAUUCCCACAAUUGGUAUCGUCCUUGGCGUACGACUACAUACUAGGUCUUAUGGCAGUAGGUACCAGUGAUGGACAAGUUCGAAUAUUUGGAGCAGAAAACGUGGAAUGGAGUUCCACGACACCUCGAAAUACCCCCAUUGCCCAUAUGUACUUUGCUGCAGGACUGGGCUCCCUUAUUGUGCUUUGCUCGGAUCAGUCUUUUCAUAAAUUUCAAGUUGCUGGUGACAUAAUUGAGCGUACUACCGCUACUACUGAGGACAGAUUGAAACGGAUAACAUGCUGUGAAAUGCAUAAUGUGCAAGAUCCAACGAAUGCCCGUCUGUUCAUUGGUACUAUCACGGGUAAUUUAUUUGGAUUAUGCGCUGUUUCGCUCGAGUUCUCUGAAGUAUUGCUUUUUGAGGAGACAAUUGUGAAAAGCAUUAACCCUUCAAAAGACAUUGGAAGAUCGGCUAAUCAGAUUAUGGUGAAUCCGACUGAUGUUAAUCAAGUUCUGAUUGCAUUCGAUAACCAUAUCAUUGUCCAUUACAAUUUACUGAGCAACGAGGUGCUGCAUCAUUGGAUUGUUCAGCAAGCAGUUACUAGUUUAGCGUGGCAUGUUGAUGGAGAAUAUUUCAUUUGUUCGCAUAGUGACGGCUCCUUAGGAACAUGGAAAAUUCAGUGUAUGGAACCUAUGGAGCCAUCGGUCAUACCAUUUGGCCCAUUUCCAUGUACUUCAAUCAACAAAGUGCAAUGGAUCUGUGCAUCCAGCCACUCGUUACCGAUUAAGUUAUUCACCGGCGGAAUGCCGCGUGCUUCCUAUGGUGAUCGCUACACGUUAACAGCAGUACGAGGAGGUAAAAUGGUAGUAUUCGACUUUGGCAGCGCAAUUGUGGACUUCAUUGUUGUGCCUUCACUACAAAAUCACAAACAUGCGGAUUAUAAAAAUUGCUUGGCGUUGUUGAUACUUUGUGAACAAGAACUCGUUUGUAUCGAUUUGACCGAUGGAAGUUGGCCACUUGUUAAUUUGCCGUAUUUGCAGCCGAUUCAUUCAUCUCAAAUUACAUGUGUUAUACACUACUCCAAUAUUGAAGAGCAUGUAUGGAAGGGAUUAAUUAAAGCAAGCGAAGUCCAAAAUAAAUUAUCAUCUAAAUGUAAGUGGCCUAUUCAUGGUGGUGCUGAUGCUCAGACACCUGCUCCUUGUGCUGCAACGAAUGCGGAAAAACGACAGCUUUUAAUCACAGGACACGAAGACGGUACUGUGAAGUUCUGGUCGACUGGUUCUAUCAGUUUGCAUUAUUUGCUAAAAAUUAAUACAGCAAAAGAAUUUGAAGGCUUCUUUUCAGUAGAUGCUGACAGUGAUAGAACAGAAUGUGAAUCUGGAAGUAGUUCAGUUGAAGUUUCCAAUAACGAAGCGUCUGAUGAAGAUUCCAAUGAAAUUACCGAUUGGCCUCCUUUUCGCAAGGUUGGAACAUACGAUCCAUUUUGCGAUGAUCCACGUUUAGCCAUACAGAAGGUGUAUUUCGAUGUGACCAACGGACGGUUGGUAGUAGGUGGUCGUGCCGGUCAUGUUAUCGUAUAUGAUUUGGAUGACGAGUCAUCGGUAGCAUUGACCGUAAUAAAAACAGAAUAUGAGGUUGCGGAAAAAUCGAAGUUACCAACAAAUAUCAGUCAGCAAGCUUUACCUCCUCGGCAAGCUCCAUUGUCAUAUGCGAUUGGAUAUCAGCCUUUCAAAACUGAUCAGAACCGAAGCUAUCUUAUUCAGUUGCGUCCGUCAGUUGCAAUAACAGCAGUAGCAUCUCUUCGAUCACGCAAUCUUUUAGCAUUUGGGUGCGAGUAUGGCUUUGUGAUGUGUGAUUUAAAAAGCCGGGAAACUCUUAUAUCCAGAUGUCUUAUUACUUUAAAAGAAUUAGGAGACGUAAGUACAUUAUCAAGGUUUAAAAGUAUGAAAAAGUCAAUCCGUCAGUCGUUUCGUCGCAAGAAAAAAGUUCCACAGACUGGAAAUAACUGCACUGGAGCUGCAUGUUCAACUAAUAAUGAUGACCUCGAUGAACUGAGACCUGUCGAACGCCAAAUUAUUUCACGAAACGAGGCACCUUUCAACGUUGGUGAUCCUCCUAUUUCUGCGGUGCGAGUACUUAGAUUCUUCCAUACAAGCAUUCUUUCCAUUACUUCCCGCACUGAUAGUCUUUGGAUUGGAACAAAUGGUGGAGUGAUAUUUGCUUAUGCAAUAUUGGAUGAUGCACUAAAACCGGAAGAUGUUUGUAUUCUCGUGAAGGAAGUACAUUUGCAACAUCGGGCUCCAGUUAUUGAUUUCACCUGCGCAACUGUUGAUGGGUUUCAGCUUAUAAAAGGCUUGACAGGAACAGAAAGACUGAUCGUUUAUACCGAAGAACAAAUCAAAACGUUUGCGCUUCCGACAAUGAAACCAACCAGAUUUCGGUAUAAAUUUACGGGUGUGGAAGGUUCGCGAAUUAGAAAGGCUCAGCUUCUUACAUUACGAUCAACUGCAAAUCGAAAAUUGUAUGAAAAAUUCAUUGUUAUCAUCACGAACCAAGGCGAAUUGUUUUUGUUUUCUGCGCUAACUAUUAAGCAAUUCUUGAAGAUUCACUUUACAAAGGCUUCUGACGUUGAGGGAAUCGCUUCAGCUGUUUUAUCUGAAAACGGUGAAAUAUUUUUUCUACGUCCAGGGGCCAGUGAAUUUCAGCGCGCUUCUGUUGCAGCUAUGCAACAUAAUAAUUUAAUAUCGCCUCUCAAGGACAGUGAUUUCCCCAAAGUUUAA